GGGGUUCUUGUAAGGCCCAGUGGGAUACUUCCCAGCCUUGACAAACAUCAGGUCAGACUGCAGCGCGUCAGGAGGCCUGUAUGAUGCGAUGAACUUUGGAGGAUCUUCUGACCUCUGGAUCUGACACAGAUCUGUACAGUUUAAGAGAGAAAUCCGGAGGCUUGAUGCUCCACAUGUCGACGUGGCCCUCGAUCUCGGGGAGUGUGAACCAUUUGCUUCUUGCUAAAGAGAGAUUCUGACUUGCAGAGAAUUUAAAUUUCUCCUCAAAGCAGACGGAGGACAGAGGAUGCAUCAAACUAUACGGAGCCAUUUUAAAAAGUGAUGGAGUGAGGAAGACAAAGAGUUAGGCCGAUUGAGAUUUAAUUGCCGGUUGUGUAAGAGGAGUCAUGAGCAGACGGGAAGAAAAGUACCUGAUGGCUAUUCCAGGCUCUUAGCAGGUUGAUGGUCCAGGAGAUUUACGAGGGAGGGGUUAUAUCCCUCCUCUGCCUGGGAGUCAAACAGACGAGCGUCUCAACAAGACAGUCAGGCACCUCCAUGUUGCGCUUGGAGAAGAACGGGAGCAGUCUACGACCUGCACAGCUGUCAGCUUCCCAUUGGUUCUCUCUCUCUCCAGAUCUGCAGAAAUAAUCGCCCAAAGCGGACUCUUGGUCGAACAAAACAAGAUAUCUGGAGACGUCGCCUCAAGCUCUGAUGAACAGAAUAAAGCCAUUGUGAAGCUCAUCUGUGACUGUCCUGCCUCCUCCGCCUCCUGGCUAAUAUAAAAAUCGGCAAAGAUGUGCAUCGUCUUCGGACCUGAGAAACAUGGUGAUUCAAGACGGCCGCCUCGGUGGAAAAGGACCCGCUCCCUCUCUCAGCGGCAGAUGUGUGCAGAUGUGUGCAGAGGUGUGGAGGUCCGGGUCAUGAGAAGGUGCCCCUCCUAACACACUGUGAUGCUGCAGACCGCAGCAGUCUGUGGUCAGCCGCUGCAGUCCGGCGUCUUGGAUCAGACUCUCCACUCCUCUCUAACAAAACCUGAAGCACCUCCUGCGGAGGAUUUCUCUUCGCUUGUUUAACGGAGACGACGGCUGCGCUCCUGCUGCACCGAGCAGACAAACAGCAGCGGGGACUUUUUCGGUAACCAAAAAAAAAACGGUGCCAAAGCUCGCGCUCGGUGCUCGCGCUGUUCGGUUUGUAAAGUCGCGCGCUGGGUCGCUGCAGGACGAUGAGACUUGAAACAGUUUUGAAACUUCUUCCAUGCGUUGUGUUUUUACUGCCCAACGCAAUGCACGCACAGAUGCACGCACAGACAGUUCUCCCUCCAGAGUGUGCGCCGGGCGGCCACUCCAUCCUGCAGAACCCCUACCGCAGCACCACCUUCAGCUCCAGCUGGCUGCAGCAGUCGGCCCUGCAGGACUUCAUCUGUGACCACUCCCUCACACCAGGCUGGUACCAGUUUCAGAUUUUUGACAAGCCGGCGAGCAUGCCCACCCAGUGCGUGGAGGUGAACCACUGUGGGACCCAGGCUCCUGUGUGGCUGUCCCUGGGUGAUGGUGAGUCCCUGCCGGGUCCUCUGGAGGUCAGGCAGCUAACGGCCUGCGCCGCCUGGCAGUUCUUCCCCAGCAGCAGCAAAGACUGUUGCAUGUUCCGCAUCCCGGUCACCGUCCGCAACUGUGGAGACUUUUACGUUUACCUUCUCCAGCCUACGCAGGGAUGCAUGGGAUACUGCGCACAGGAGACGUUGGACGCUUCACCCGCGCCGCCGCUGACCUGCGGCCCUGACGAGGUUAACGUCGCUGGAACAUGUAAAACAAAACAGCCUCCCACUCCGUCUGUACCGGCGAUCCUCGCCGAGGUGACGGGAAACACCGUCUACCUGAAGUGCAGCUUUGGAAGCAGCUCCAACAGCUCGCUGGGAUACGUGGUGGCCUGGUCACGCCUCUCACCCGAGGGCAGAAAGGAGGAGCUCAAACAGGAGACCACCAUCCAGACCUCCGCCUUGAUCGAGCUGGACGGAUUCAACCUCCGUCUAGGGGACAAGAUUUACUGCUCCAGCUCCAGUUUCUUCUUGGACUCGCCCGACGUCCGCGGCGCUUCAGUGGAAAGUCAGGAGUUCUUUGCAGGGAUUAGACUCAGACCAGAGGUGAGCAGUGUAUCCGAGGAUGGGAGUCUGUAUGAGUUGGUGGUUGAGAGCACAGUUCCUGUCCCAUGUCUGGAAGAGUCCUCAUCCUCUACAGAGGGGUGCACUCUGUCUCUGCAGCUCAGCACGAGCAGUAAAGAUGACGGUUUAUUGGGUACAGAUCUGUCUCUGUCCUCCUGUGUGGUGGAUCUGACCCGGGGCCCCUGUAAGGACGGCGUCUGCAGCCGAGCUCUGAUCCACUUCAGCCCUGUCACAGACUUUUUUAAGGACGGCAACAGGACGACUCAGAUCUUCGUUAAAUCCAUCAAAACACAGAAUUUUCUCUGGAACGGAUAUUCACCAGAACCCGCAGAGAUAACAGUGAAGGACGUCCCCUCAGCGUACUGCUACUCCUUCACUGAUCCUCACAUUAUCACAUUUGAUGGCAGACGCUAUGAGAAUUACCAAAUCGGCACCUUCGUUCUGUAUAAGAGCAGCAUCUGGCCGUUUGAGGUCCACGUCCGUCAGUGGGAGUGCGGCAGCGUGGUGCACGCCGCCUCGUGCGUGUGCGGUUUCGUGGCGAGGGACGGCGGCGACGUGAUCGCUUUUGACAUGUGCAACGGAGAAAUGGGCGAAACCAAACCUCACCUGUCUGUGAAGAACAGAGACCUGAGCAAGAGCGGCGUCCGCAUUACCGAGUCCUACCAGGGACGCAAAGUCACGAUGAUCUUCUCGUCAGGAGCAUUUGUCCGUGCAGACGUCUCUAACUGGGGAAUGAGUCUGACGCUGAGAGCUCCCAGCUCAGACCGGAGACACACCGAGGGCCUGUGCGGGACCUUCGACGGACAGUCAGACAACGACUUCCACUCAGCAGGGGGCGCCACACUCAAGGAUCUGCACACUUUUAUCUCUGAGUGGAGACUUCCUCCAGGCAGCAGCCUGUUCGACAACGUGCCGUCCCAUCUGACUACUCUGAGCCCCCGAAAGCACUGUAACUGUCAGGCAGAGCCCCGCCUCGCAUCUCCCAGAGCCCGAUCCAAACCUGUCACCUCCUCCGACUCCUCCUGCUCUCAUCACAUCAACGUGCAUCUCCCCGGCGUCAUCCCCACUCUGGACGUCACAGCUGAGUACAUCGGCUCAGUGGAGGUGAAGAGUGAAGGAAGUGAAAGACAGCCGCUGCCUCCAGGCCAGUCCAGCCAAAACACCCAGGAUCGAGGCGGUGACGCACAGCCACGUGAACGAAGCUCCCCCUCCAGAGCAUCCAGUGACGGAGCUUCAACCUCAGCUCACCUUCAGCGACACAGAGGCCGGCGACAGACCCACCGUUACGUCUCGAACUCCCCACACCAAAGCCUCAGCCAGUCUGAUCUGGAGGGCUUCACCUACUUUUUCCCAGAGGACCAUGAAGCACCAGUCCAGCCAGACUUCUCCGUCACGUGGCCCACGCCUUCAGGACUGACGGAGCAGCAGGCCAGGACUCAGUGCCAGCAGGCUGUGGCGAAUUCCAGCAUAGCUUUAGGUUGCAGGCGCCUGUUAGAAGAGUCAAUAGUCAGCCACGUGGCGGCGAUGUGUGUCACCGACCUGCAGCUGAAGGAUGAGCUGUCGUGGCUGAAUGCGACGUUACCCCUGCUGGAAAACGAGUGUGAGAGGAGGCUGUUAGAGGAGAGGAGGAGAGAGGAGGAGUACCAGGAUGUUCUGUCCGUCCUCAAGUGUCCAAAUCUGUGCAACUGGAACGGACAGUGCUCGGAGUGGGGGUGUGUCUGCUUCCCGGGAUUUGGGUCAUAUGACUGCAGCAUGCUCUCUGAUCAGAUCCCAGAGAUCACCGAGCUGGAGAAGGAGGGUCUGUGUGACGUCCGACAGGGAGACUGCUCCACCGUGCAGGUCUACGGUCACGGCUUCAAGGACUCCUACGAACUCAAGUGUGAGUUCGUUAAAGAAAAGUUUGUGGAUGGGGAGUGGGUUCUGGACGAGCCCCAGUUUGUCCUGGCUGUCUUUCUGGAUGUGACGGCUCUGGAGUGCCAGCUCCCCCUGGAGGACAGCCGAACUCCUGCAGACCCGGAUUUUGAAACGGCGACAAACACACCACUGGCCCGCUGGCAGAUUAAAGUAUCCAAUGAUGGCUACAGCUACAGCAACGCUAAGAUCCUGACUCUGUACGAUGGAGCCUGCCAGAUCUGCAGCCUCGACACUGAAGUCCUCUGCACCCUGAGGGAGAAAACCUGCAACAUCGACGGCUUAUGUUACAGCGAGGGGGAGUCCAAUCCCAGCAGCCCGUGCCUCACGUGUCGCCCGGACUCGUCCAAACACACAUGGUCCAUGGCGGAGAAGAACGCUCCUCCGGCGCUCGACUCGAUGCCGUUCCGUCUUCACUCCUUCCAGGGAGAGAAUUUCUUUUACCAGCUUCAAGCUCGGGACCCCGAGGGCUCGGCGCUGCUCUUCACCCUGAAAUCAGGUCCUGAAGCUGCAUCUCUGUCUCCGGAUGGCCUGCUGACGUGGAAGGCCACGGCUGAGACGACAGACACGCACACUUUUCAGUUUACUGUGACGGAUGACUGUCGUGCUGAGACCAGAGGCUCCAUACAGGUGUCUGUGCGCUCCUGUGAAUGUCUGAACGGAGCUUCCUGUGUGACCAACGUCAACCUCCCUGCCGGCAGCGGUGAAUACCUGUGUGUGUGCCUGGAUGGAUUUAAAGGUGAGAGGUGUGAGGUGAACAUCGACGACUGUAAACCGAACCCCUGCAGACUGGGCCGCUGUAUCGACGGGCCCAACUCCUUCACCUGUAUCUGCCCACCUGGAAUGACAGGCCAUACAUGCAGAGAAGAUAUAGAUGAGUGCGUCUCUCAGCCUUGUUUUCCCGGAGUCGGAUGUAACAACACGUUUGGCUCCUUCAUCUGUGGAGUCUGCCCACACGGAUACGCUGGUGACGGGAAACACUGCGCACGUAACCAAGACUCCGUGGUCAGAGAGGCAGCGAACACGCCAGUGAGAGUCCCGCAGGUUUCACUGAGGCCCAAACCCUCGAGCCCGUCGCCGUGCUCUCGGCGGCCGUGCCACCCGGGCGUUCAGUGUUUUGAGAGCGUCCACGUCUCGGCGGGCUUCGUCUGUGGACCCUGUCCUCCCGGUCUCCAUGGAAACGGACAAACAUGCCUAGCAACAAGUCAGGGGACAGACGCCAGCGGAGCGAAUAGUCACAUCAUCAAAUCAAAUUCAAGCAAGGAGAUGACUCCCAGCUCCUCCUCUUCCUCAUCAUCGUCUCCCAACUCACCCAGACAUCCCCCCGACAGGAGGACCAGACCAGAAGUCUCUGGCACCAGGAGAGUUUCUUCAGUGACGCCGCAGAACCAAGCGCCCAGCGGCGUGGAGCCGAACCCCGACCUCACCACCGGGGUCAAAUGGGGGUCACCGCAUCACCACGUGACCUGUGCCGACUCCCCCUGUUUCCCUGGCGUCCCCUGUGAGCCCACCGUCUCCGGGUCGUUCAGGUGUGGACGCUGCCCGUACGGUUACACUGGAGAUGGAGUCACGUGUAAAGCUGUGUGCAGGUAUCAGUGUGGGAGGAACAUGGAGUGCUCUCUGCCCAACACCUGUACCUGUAAGGACGGCUACACCGGAUACAACUGUCACAUCGCUGUGUGUCGACCUGACUGCAAGAACCAGGGGAAGUGUGUGAAGCCUAAUGUGUGCGAGUGUCCUGCAGGCUACAGCGGGCCCACCUGUGAGGAAGCGAGCUGCGAGCCGCCUUGUCAACACGGAGGAACCUGUCUGGCCAGAAACCUGUGCACCUGCCCGUACGGAUACGUCGGACCCAGAUGUGAAAUCAUGGUGUGCAACAGGCACUGUGAAAAUGGAGGCGAGUGCGUCUCUCCUGAUGUCUGCGAAUGUAAACCGGGCUGGUACGGACCGACGUGUAACUCAGCUCUCUGUAGGCCCGUCUGUCUGAACGGAGGAACCUGCAUUAAACCAAACAUCUGCGCCUGUCCCAGCGGCUUCUACGGCUCUCAGUGUCAAAUCGCUGUUUGCAGUCCUCCCUGUAAGAACGGAGGUCAGUGCAUGAGGAACAACGUCUGCUCGUGUCCUGAAGGAUACACGGGGAAGCGCUGUCAGAAGAGUGUGUGCGAGCCAACCUGCAUGAACAAAGGAAAGUGUGUUGGACCCAACACGUGCUCCUGCGCGUCGGGUUGGAGAGGGAAGAGGUGCAACAUACCUGUCUGUCUGCAAAAGUGUAAAAACGGCGGCGAGUGUUUGGGACCAAACACCUGCCACUGUCCGGCCGGCUGGGAAGGUCUGCAGUGUCAGACACCGGUCUGUAAACAGCGGUGCUUGAAUGGAGGGCGGUGUGUCCUUCCGGACUACUGCCACUGUCGGAAGGGCUACCAGGGCCUCACCUGCGCAAUAAAGGCCUCACAAGCGUGACGGAAGCGGAAACGAGACGUUGGAUGAAAGAAGCUACAAAAUGCACAAAGCGGGAAGAGAGCACCAUAAAUGAACUGAAUGUGUGUGAAUGAGCGAGUGUGUAUGUGUGUGUGUGUGGAUUUCGAGUGUGUGUGUGUGUGUGUGUGUGUGUGUGUGUGUGUGUGUGUGUGUCUGAAGGCUAACAGAGGGACUUGAUGUAUUGCACUUGUCUUUGCGUCCCUGUAUAUCACUACCUCAAGGCUCAAAGUGACACACACAUCUGUUAAAGGCAUCGGCAGCGCUUACAAAAGAUGUUCAAUAAAUACACGACAAAUGAAUCUGUCCGGCCGCGAUUCAUCAGAACAUUUCAGCCAGAUUAUAGCCCGGUUCACCAGACUGAUGUGCACUGUUUGUUUCUUAGUAAUGAGAAUAAUAAAUCUGCUUCAGUAAUUAUGCCUAAUUUAGAUGGUACACAUCAGUAACGUGUUUUAUUUGUCUUUGGCCUGUUUUAAGUUAUAGACUGUUAUCCAUUUACACUGAUACUAAAUAUAUAUAUACACACAGUAAAGACUUGUUUGGGUUUACACUUACAGAUUACACUGUGGUACGAGUUACACGAGACUAAAUAAAGAAAAUGUUUCAUA